CGCUUCCCAAACCAAUUAAUAGUACUGGGGAUAUUUUUAACAGGAAGUUAAAGACCUAAAUACAUCAUUUUGCAAUACGUCUUCAAGAGCUGAGGACUUGAAGACAUCAAAUCUCAGUGGCCGGUUUCUCAUAUUGGUGGUCUAACCUCAAACCUGGCUCGACGAAGUUUUUAUGGAGUAAAGAUGAAGAACACCGGAAAACACGUCAUCACAUUUCUUCGUCUGCUCAUCACUGCGGCCAUCUUGCCUAUCGCUACACCAUGCCGUGUAAAUAUCACGGACAUUGAAAACGUUCAAGACAGGUUCAAAGACUUUACAAAAGUGCACAAUGCAAAAGUAGUAAACCUUUGGAUUUCCGGAUUAAACUGGUCCGACAGUUCGAAUGAAACCAGGGAGGUAUUCGAUCCGAACUGGUGGAGCUGGGCGACUAAGGACACUACGACUUUAUUGGAAAUUGCCAUCGAUUAUAAAGUCCUGUCGAUGGGGUUGCUGUCCAUAGCAGUGAAGGACUUAAGCCUAAAUAUUGUCAGCUAUCCUCCUGGUUGUUUCGAAAUGCUUGAUUUUCGUCAACAACGGCGCAUCGUCAUGGUGGAAAUCCUCCACUUUACGGAGGAUCGGGACAUCAACAAAGACGGGGAUGAUCAACUCUGUCGUAGCGUCUACUCACAUCGGUCCGUGGUUAACGACCACGUUGUCGGAGUCGGGAAAACAUGUUGCACGAGGAAACAGCUACGGAUGCGAUUAUAUGACGACUGCAAUGGAAAACACGCUGUGCAGGAAAUCGAUGCUUUCACCAGACAGUCCACUGCAGUGUUUAUCAUUGGGACUCUACUGCCUUUCAUGUUUAUACCGUUAGCGCUAGCGUGGUGGGAGUUACAUCCAAUAUCUGCUGGCGAGGGCUUCGCGAAGUAUCUGACGAAUAAACUUACAAAGUACGACCAUUUUACACUUCGCGGAGGAGGGAGACUCGACCGUGAGACACUAAUUAUCAAAGAGGCGAAUUUGGAGCCGUACAACAGUUGUGUAUCAUUGACGGAACUUCUCGACAUUAACAUGCGAGUCUCCACCACCAAGAUAAAGUUAACAUUCAUAUUCCUUCUUCAGUACAUCCCUAUUGUUUCUUGGUUGCUUUGCUACGGUCGCAUGAAAGAGACACUCCGCAAGUUAGAUACAACUGAAAGGAUCCUCUUCAAUCUUCGAAACAACCCGCUAAGUUGGCUCUUCACCGACCGAUCAUGCAGUCCCUUUUGCAUCGCAUUGGUCCUGGUUGUGCUCAACUUUCUUCAAAUUGUCCUCUUGAUUGUCUGGUGGCUGAUGGAGAAGCAAACAAUCAGGCUUAAAUUUGCCGGCCUCCUUCGUACCAUAGUUGGACGAGUCAAGCAGAAUGAAAAAGACACCUGCUUUUAUAAAAUUGUACAGAAAACAUUCACAGCCUUCUUCAUUUGUUUAAUGGCGUGGAGCUACAUAUGUAUCUAUUCCCUCUUCCAUAGCAUCAUGUACACUAUUGGCGGACUUAUCGUUAGUAUUGACAUCGUCUCCCCUUGGCUGACCGGUGGGCUAUUGGUUUUGUACUACAUCCAACGAUCCUACGGCGGCAUGAUCGACACCUACACCAAAAUCAAACGCCUGGUCUUCGAAGUCUGCCGGUCCACGAAGGUGUACAAAGCCUGGUACAUUUGCACAAGAGAUGUGAGCUCUGUAGACAUGGAGAAAAGACUUAUUCAAGAACCUCAUCCGAAGAAAACCAUUAGUUUUAAGCCGGAGAAAUGUGAAGGGCCAGUAUUGUUUGUGUUUCCGCAGAAGGAGAACGAGGUGAUGAAAAUUAUGAUUAGCAAGGAGAUGUUGCGUCAAGUCUGUCAGCGGGUCGAACCAAUUAAGGCAAGCAUCCGGAAGGCUAUCGUGAAACAAUUCUUUACCAUUCUGUUCCUUUUCCUGGUUGUCUUCACCACGGCUGUGUUUCGUCUUCAUACCGCGACGGGAGAGGUGAGCGCCCUGAUUACGUCCAUGGCCACCCUUUUGACAGCCCUGAUCCCGCAGCUCGCCGACAUGAUGGCCACAGAUGCCGAAAGCGGCCUCAGGGAUGACAUUUUGAAAUUCAACAUACAAAAACUUCUAAGUAUCCAUCGCCCUAAAUUCGAUGUGAUAGAGACCAUGAAUACUCCAGCUGGCCUGUUACAGGACGAUCCGAUCAGAGCGACGAACGUGAUUGAGCUGCACACUCAAGUAAACACAGAAGAAGACGACUUCGACGGCUUGCAUGAUGACCUUCCGACCUUAACUGGUGGAAACGCGCAUCGACUCCUGGAGAAUCUCAUGCACGCCGUUACAUCUAACCACCCCAGGCAGAGACACGGCUCCAACCACUCCAAUCGCACCCUGGCGUCAGUACCCGAAUCAAGCGCUAGUGAGCUUUUGGGACAUUACCAGACUGUACUAAACUAUGCUGAAUCAACUGAUGGAACAGUCUGUCAUAAGUCACAUCGUCAACGGACCUCCCCAGAGGAUUCACCAAGGACAACGAAACAGAACAAGCGGUUGAAAUCCGCGGAGAUGACAAUAUUGCAUGACGCCGAAUCUGUUCCGAGUCAAAUUCCAGAACUUGCUGUCAAAGCAGAAACAUGUGUUUGAAGAGAGAUUAUAGGACUCCCGGAGAGACCGUGGUAUACUGAUUAGAAUAUACAGGCGUCCAAAUGAGUCUGAAAGGAAAUUCGUGAAAUCAGAGAAAGUGACUAUUCGCGAAGAUGUCAUGUGUUCGUGCGACCUUUCGCCACCACUGCCCGAUAGCUGCUUGUGUUGCCCUCUAUGUAGAACGAACAGACCAAAAUACUUUUAGAUGGUAGCUGUCCUUUCAUCUGGUUGUACCUUUGUCUUCAGUGAGGUUAAAUAACGUCCUCUUCAACAACAACCAAACUAAUUCAUUUAUAUCAGUU